AUGACAGCUACCGCCGCGGCAUAUGGCAAAUUAAAUGAUUACCAGCGAAAAUACGUGACAACAAGCCGACAACCUACGGUGCAUACAAAACGAAGUUCAAGUGCAUCGCAACCACACACUUCAAAUGCUGUAAGGCUACAGCAACGUCGCAUGCUGGAACGUGAAAACAUUGAUCAGCUGCUUCAAAAAUGUCGUACAAGUCAUCGAGGUGUCGCAUGUAGUGCACAGGCUUCACGCUAUAACGAUUGUGGACAGCAUGCAGUUUAUCACACGUUAGGUAAUGUUGCUUUUCCAGUACCACAAUUAACUCUCAGUGACGACGGUGAUACUUUGUGUGUCAGAAACGGUUCUGCACGAACAUCUUUACGCAUGCCUUCUAAGCAAGAUCAUCAAGUUCAAGCUGGACCAGGAUUCUCAUCUAUGACAGGAUAUCACUCAUUAGAUCGCAAAACUCACCUACUGAAUUUCUAUCGAAUUUCAGAUGACAAUCCCUAUCGGUUAUCUGCAGUAGGCAGAGAAACAUCUGCUGCUACUUUAGCUAUGGUCAGUCCAAGACACGUUUCUUCAUAUGGACAGCAGUUUACUAUAGCACAACCUAAUAUGGAACAGAAUAUUGCUAAUCGUCAUAGUGUUGCUGCUAGUCGAAGUGCUUCGCUUUCUGCUGCUGGGAUGUCUCGGUCAAUGAUUUUGGUAGCUGCUAAUAAUGGGUCAGAUUCUGGCUGUGGUAGCUCGCAGCCUUCAACACCUGACAAUACACCAAAUUGCCGCAUCAGUACUCGAUCACCGUUAAUAAAUAAUCCGAAAAUGGUCAUCAAACAUAUACCACUUAGUAUUGCAUCAGAAAAUUCAGCUCUUAAUGGAGAUUUUACUAGCAAACGUACUAAAGGCAGUUCAUUAUCAAGUCGUAAAUCUCAAACAGAAAAUGUAUAUGCGAAUUUAACUCAUCGUGAUGGAAAUCUUCAAUUACACAAACUUUCGGAUGAUGGCAUUAGAACUCCACAAAUGAAAACUUCUCGUUAUGCAGAAUCAGGCUACCUUUCUGCUGCAUCAAAAUUAUCGCCAAAUGGUUCAGCAGAAGCUAAUGACUCUCAGUUAUCUCUAAUUUCUUCCUCUAAUUCUUUGUAUUCAUCGAUGGAAGAAAAAUACGAAGCAGAGAUUCGAAAACUAAACAAGGAAAUGCAAUCAUACCGAAGUACAAUAACAAAAUUAACUGCUAAACAUGAUGGCUAUAAUCAUCUAAUACAACUGUUUGAAUCUAAAUUACAGUUAAUGGCGAAACAUGUUGAGAAUCUACAAAGUAAAUCACAGUUAAAGAAAGAUGAGGUACUAAAAUUACGUGCUGAAAUUGAACAACUUCGAGUAAUGAGUAUUAAUGCUGGCGUAAAUGUCUCCAACGUUGCAUCUAUUACACAGCGUCAUUCAUCAUCUCCAUCAAAAUUGCAAGAUGGGGCAGGAGAAUUACUACGACAUCCAUCAUUGGAAAGUGUUACAAGUCAUCGAUCAUCGAUGAGUUCAUCCAGUAAAGGUAGUAAAACUGAUAAAAGUAGCUUGAAUAGCUUUGGCAAGCAAGGCAAAAAAAGUUGGAUAAGAAGUUCAUUUUCGAAGUUUACAAAAAGUAAAAAAGUGAAAAGUGGUUCAAUGUCUGAUGCAGAACAUUCACCUAUGCAUAGUUCUGGUUCUCCAUCAAAUUUGAAACCAAUUUCCGGUAGCUCAAGCAGAUUAGAUGAAUUGGAAGCAGUUCCUCAAGUAGUAGAACUAAAGAAGCAAUUGGAAGAUAAAGAUUCGGCUUUAACUGACGUACGUUUGGAUGCGCUUGACAAAGCGAGGGAAGUUGAUAUUCUCAAGGAGACAAUCAACAGACUUAAAAAUGAAAAUAAAAUAUUGAAACAGAAUUAUACGAUUUUGGAAAGACGAAUGAGAGCUGAGAGUCGUGCUAGUUCACAGCAAUCACUGCCUACUGUAUCAGACGAAUGUCCAGUUUACGAAGUUCCACCAGCUGGUGGUGAACGUUGUCUGCUUUCAAAUGGAUCAAACACUUUGAAAGUUACAGUGAGUGUUGAUGUUAGCGGUUUACUACGACCACGUUCAUUAGCUGGUGAAGUUUCAAUUGGUUUCAUUGCAUUACCCUCUGUUACUACUACUUGGAAAAACUUUGAUGAUGAACUUUUUCGUCUAUUUGAUGAUUAUAUGGGAAAAAUUGAUUCAAAUCGAGCAUUGGAAUUAAAUGGAAGAGAAUCAAUAAUAGGAUAUGAAUUCGGUGAUUUUAUCCGUGAUGUAGAAACAAAUUCUGCACCAUCACCAAUGCCCGCUGAUGUAAUCAUUCAUACUUUCGACAUACGAAUUUAUUUGAGAGGUGUAACACAGCGCAGUAUGGAUGGACUAGUAAUGGACUGUUUAUUUCCACGAUCUACCGUAGAACUUUUAUUGGAAGCAGUACUGCAAACUCGUCGAUUAGUACUGUUUGGUGCUACAGGAAUUGGAAAAUCAAAUUUGGCUCGUUUAUUAGCGCAAUAUUUGUGUGUCAAAGUUGGUGGAACACCGCAAAAUACUAUUGUUGACAUAAAAAUUAGCGAAAAUGAUAACGACCGCAACUUAGCACAGGCUCAAAAGCAUUUGGAAUCAUUGUUACGCUCAACAAAACCGGUGAUUAUCCUAUUGGAUAACAUUCAGCGACAUCGGAUUGCUUUUCUUAGUUCAUCAUUUAAUGCUGUUGAUGCAUCUUCCAAAGAAGGACCAUAUGUAAUAUGUACGGUAAAUCGCGCAUCACAGUUACCUGAACUUGAAGUCCAACAUAAUUUCCGAAUGUUUUUAUUACCAAAUAAUGUAGAUUCUAUUCGUGGAUAUAUGGGGCGAUUCUUACGACGUCGAAUACUGGAAAAAGAAUUUGGCAAUGAAGAACGUUCAUCACCUGAAAUCAACCGAAUUGUUGAAUUCUUGCCAAGAGUUUUAUCAAUUGUCAAUUCGUUCAUCGAGAAGGCUAAUUCCCGAGAUGUGACAAUAGGACCACGUUUAUUCUUGCAAUGUCCAUUGAAUGUUACGCAAUCACGUGAAUGGUUUAUUAAAUUAUGGAACCAAAUGAUUAUUCCUUACAUGAUCAAAGUAGCUAAAGAAGGUGUAAAAGUUCUUGGGCGCUGUGGUAGUUUUGAAGAUCCAACUGAUUUUGUCUGUGAACAAUGGCCAUGGCUAGAUGGACCAGGUGCCGAGCAAGUUUUGCAACGACUAUCACCAAUCAAAGAAUCAGUAUGUAAUAAUCAAUCGAAUAAUACCCAAUUUGAUCCAUUGGAAGCGCUGAUCCGUAUCCAAGCUAACAAUGCCAAUUCACAACAGGAAGUGGUGCAGUGA